AUGGGUAAAUCAGGAAAAGGUAAAGGAGGUAAAAACAGAAGAAGAGGAAAGAAUGAUAACAGUGGACAAAAGAGAGAAUUAAUAUUGAGGGAGGAAGGACAAGAGUAUGCUCAAAUCACUAAGAUGUUGGGUAAUGGAAGAAUCGAAGUUCAAUGUUUUGAUGGCAUCAAAAGGAUGGGUCACAUUAGAGGUAAAAUGAGAAAGAAAGUUUGGAUGGGGCAAGGUGAUAUAAUUUUGGUAAGUUUGAGAGAUUUUCAAGACGACCAAUGUGAUGUUGUACAUAAAUAUAACUCUGAUGAGGCCAGGUCUUUGAAACAAUUGGGUGAAUUACCAGAGAAUGCUAAGAUUAAUGAAACUGAUACAUUCGGUGCUGAUGACGAUGAAGAUGUCAACUUCGAGUUCGGUGGUGCUGAUGAUAGUGAGUCUGAAGAUGAAGAGUUAGAUAUCGAUGAUAUUUAA